AUGACUUGCCCACAGCUGACUCCCACCAACAUCGGUCGCGAGCUGCAGGUAAUUGAGAAGCUCAUUCGCCGUGAGGAUCUUACCAAGGAGCUGGCGGAGGAGACUCUUGGGGCCCUUUUGGACGAUUUUGUUUCAGAGCAGGCGGCAGCGUUCCUGGUGCUGCUGCGAGCCAAGGGUGAGACCUCAGACGAGAUUGCGGGUCUGGCUCAAGCUAUGCUGGCCAAGGCCCUGCCC